AUGCAAGUUCAAGAAGCUGGGGUAGAUAGUAUGUACUUAGGCCUCCCAAGCACGGUUAGGCGUAAUAAAAACGCUGUGUUGGGUUUUCUAAAAGAGAAAAUGAAGAAGCGAAUAAGCAGUUGGGAGGGCAAAUUUUUAUCUCGUGCUGGCAAGGAGGUCCUUAUAAAAUCGGUAGUCCAAUCUCUUCCUUCGUAUGCCAUGAAUGUCUUCCUUUUUCCUAUUGGUACAUGUAAUGAACUUGAGAGGAUGAUGGCAAGUUUCUGGUGGAAAUCAAAGAGAGCUCAUAAUAAUGGGAGUGGCAUUGUUUGGAUGAGCUGGGACAGAAUGACAAGGUCUAAAGCUGAUGGCGGAUUGGGUUUUAGGAGUUUGAGAGAUUUUAAUCUCGCUAUGCUUGGAAAGCAAGGGUGGAGACUUUUAUUCAGACAUGAUUCUCUUGUAAGCAAAGUCUUCAAGGCUCGAUACUACCCACAAGGUGACUAUUUGUCUGCUGAGUUGGGGUCUAAUCCUAGCUUCAUUUGGAGUAGUAUUUUUGCUGCUAAGGACACAGUUCAGCUUGGUCUAAGGAAAGGCAUAGGGUCUAGUUUGACUGUGAAAAUAACCAGUGAUCCUUGGCUGCCUUUACUUGACAGAGCUUCUCCUGUUCCCACUGUUCCGAGACUUGAGAACUUUAUGGUUAGCAGUUUGUUUCAAAUUCAUAGCCGCUCCUGGGAUGCUGAAGUAGUUAACGACCUCUUUACUCCUGAUGAUGCUGCAACUAUCCUUGGAAUUCAAAUAAAACAGUCAGUUGCGGGUGAUUAUUGGUACUGGUUUGUGGAGAAAAAUGGUCUAUAUUCUGUUCGUAGUUGUUAG